ACAUUGGGAGCCUUUUGUGAAGGAACAGCAUCUUCCCCUGUGUUGGAAGAGCACUGCACAUGCUGGUACAUUCAGUAAAUGACGUCUGGCAAGUCUUAUUUGGUAUUGUUGAGCCUCCGCUACCCGACGAGGGCCAGGGAGGGGGGAGACAUGAGUUCCAGGUUUCCCAGCUGUCAGAGGGCGCAGAAGACCAAGGAAUUGUUGAGUCUGAGGAAGACCUUGGAAGGGGGAGUGAGUUUGACUCCAGGCCAAUUCCCACGGAUGGCGUGGUCUCAGAAGCGGAGAGCGCGACACCCCCAGACAGGUUGGAGGAGCCGUUGGAAGAUGUCACAGAGGGGGUAUUGACUCCCCCUUUACCAAGCGGUUCUCGAGAUGCCCUGAGUGCGUCACCACCCCCUGACCUCGAGCCGGUUGCUAAGGAGACGUUUCUUUUGGAUGAGCCAUUGGAGACACACACCCCUCCACGCCGCGAGAAGCGGACAGGACAGAGGCAGGACUUGCGAAGGAGCCAGAUAUUACGAUCUAAAACUUUCCCUACUUAAGACUGUCGCGCUCUGGGUUAAGUUGCUGAGUCAACUUUCUUCACGUGUUGCAGAGCAUGUCUAGAGUGCAGUUAGGGACUUCUAGUGAGCUAGCAUAGAGAUUUCUAUGAAGCGCACUGCUUUGGAUGUAUCCAUUACUUUAAUAAAACAAGAUUUGAUUGCACCUGCAUCUCAGCCUUGUGAAUACCGCUCUGAACAGGACAGUUUGACUCAGCCUCAAUCCCUUCUUGACUCUGUUCCCAUGACGGACAACAUGGACCAGAACGGAGCAGCGGGGGGAAUACAAAUCACCCUGGAAACCUUGUACACUGAGCUCCAGAACCUCCGAGUGACCACUCAAGCCUUGCAAGCCGAGAACCAAAACCUCCGAGCCUUGAUCGCACAAGUCCAAGCAGCGCCGCCUGGGGCAGCACUGGUCCCAGUCAAAUCCCCGGUGGGGCUCCCCGUUCGAGGACAGAGCAAACAGUUUGCCAUGUUUCUAGCCCAAUGUGAGUUGUACAUUCAGGUGCGCCAAGCAGAGUUCCUGAUGGACGAUGCGAAGGUGGCGUUCAUCAUUAGCCUCCUGGAAGGAGAGGCGGCCAAAUGGGCCACCCUGUAUUUGAUUCGCAAUGACCCGGUACUGCGGCAGUUUGUUACCUUUAAGGAUGGCGAUGGUGGAGAUGUUCCGGGACCCACAGAGGAAGGAGAUGGUGGCCCGCCAACCAGAAACCCUACGACUGGAAAGGUUCGCGUUCUGUCUCAAGAAAUGGAUUACAACGACCCAGCCUUGAUGUAUUUAUACUGAAAUGGAAUGAGUUCUGAAGUUUUGGAUGAACUGGCCCGCUCCAUGCCACCAGAUACCCCGAGUAGCCUGAUCCAACUGAGUUUGGAAAUAGACAGCCGCCUGGAAGGGAGGAAGCUGGAGCGACAGAUGGAACCCUCUUGGGCACACACCGCAACCCCUCAUCCCCGCGUGCGCUAUGCACCCAGUGCGGGAGUCCCGGCUAUGUU